ACGAGAGUACCGCUGCUUUCUGCUGGUGCUGCAACAAGAGACAGGACGCGUCUUGGAUCACAAAUAGGGAUGCAGGGCGCAUGCGCACUGCUCUCCGUUUACUGUAUGAUAUUCUCCGUGGUGGAAAAAAGGGGGGCAGGAGGCAACAAUCGGGGGUUUUUUGAAAGCAGCAACCAAAAAAAAAGCACGACGAAAUCAUCUCCGGGGGGUGUUGAAAACGGACCUUUAUCAACAGGUAGAAUUUGGAUUCAUCUCCUGUGAUUACCGCUUUUAUUUUUAUUUUUAUUUUAUUUUUUUUAUGGAGACUGUGGACAUGAUUCUGGUCUCGACGACGUGAGGAUCGGCGCCGCUGUUGUGUUUUAUCUAAGCAAGUAAGACGCUGAGAUUGCUCCAUCAUCGAAUCCUGCUGCCUUUUCCAUCAUUUGACACCGGCUGGAGGACGAAUUUUUUUGUCAUAAAAACCCGUGUGAUGAGACAAAGGAACAAAGGAUGCCUUAGAGGAGAGGUUGCCUAUAAGCCCGGAAACCUCCUCAAAGCACACCGCAGCCAAAUGGAUCUAACGCCUCCCCUCGCCGCCGCCGCUGCCGCCACCUCCUCCAGAUCAUGAUACUAGGCUGAAGCUAUCCCCCGCUUAUCUUUAUGAUCCCUCCUCCAUCUAUGGCGAACUAUAGCCAUGCAGGGGACCACACCAUCUUGCAGAAUGUCUCUCCUCUCGCCACGUUCCUCAAACUGACCUCCCUGGGUUUCAUCAUCGGCGUCGGCGUGGUCGGGAACCUCCUGAUCUCCAUCCUGCUGGUCAAAGACAAGAGCCUGCACCGAGCACCUUACUACUUCCUGCUAGACCUGUGCGCCUCCGACAUCCUGCGCUCGGCCAUCUGCUUCCCCUUCGUCUUCACCUCGGUCAAGAAUGGCUCGGCGUGGAGUUACAGCACGUUGACCUGCAAGGUGAUUGCCUUCCUGGGCGUGCUCUCCUGUUUCCACACGGCGUUCAUGCUCUUCUGCGUGAGCGUCACACGCUACCUGGCCAUCGCCCACCACCGCUUCUACACCAAGAGGCUCACCUUCUGGACCUGCCUGGCCGUCAUCUGCAUGGUGUGGACGCUGUCGGUGGCCAUGGCAUUCCCGCCAGUUCUCGACGUGGGCACGUACUUGUUCAUCAAGGAGGAGGACCAGUGCACCUUCCAGCACCGCUCCUUCCGGGCCAAUGACUCACUGGGCUUCAUGCUGCUCCUGGCACUCAUCCUGCUGGCCACACAGCUGGUUUACCUCAAGCUCAUCUUCUUUGUCCACGAUCGCCGAAAAAUGAAGCCGGUCCAGUUUGUGCCCGCCGUCAGCCAGAACUGGACCUUCCACGGGCCCGGGGCGAGCGGGCAGGCGGCCGCCAACUGGCUGGCCGGAUUCGGUCGAGGCCCGACUCCGCCUACUUUGCUGGGCAUCAGGCAGAACAGCAACGCAGCGGGCCGCAGGCGUCUCCUGGUGUUGGAUGAGUUCAAAACGGAGAAGAGGAUUAGUAGGAUGUUCUACAUCAUGACCUUUUUCUUCCUGGCUCUCUGGGGGCCUUAUCUGGUGGCCUGCUACUGGCGGGUGUUCGCCAGGGGCCCCGUGGUCCCGGCGGGCUACCUGACGGCCGCCGUGUGGAUGAGCUUUGCCCAGGCUGGGGUCAACCCGUUCAUCUGCAUCUUCUCCAACAGGGAGCUGCGGCGCUGCUUCAGCACUACGCUCCUCUACUGCCGGAAAUCCAGGUUACCACGGGAACCCUACUGCGUUAUAUGAAGCUUUUCUCCUCGUCCCUCCUUUCCGGUGCCAAUCACUGGUGGUCCCAAAUAAAGGAGGAGUGCAACAGGGCUCUGUGGAUCGUCCCCUGUUGUUUAGCACGGAAGGUCAUGCCCGUGCAGAGAAGCAAAAAGUCGAAAAAGUCAACAAAAAAAUAGGGAAAAAAAGACAAAAAGAAAACAAAAUCUUUGGAUUUUUUUCAAGAUCAUUCUGUGAGGUGUGAAAUACUUCAAAAAAAAAGAGAGCGAGAAAUAAUACCCCUCAAGGAAUCACUGGUUUUACAUUUUUAAGAGUUGCACUACUAAAAAAAAAAAAAGAUGUACGUUUUUUUUUGUUGUUGUUGUUGCAAGGGACAACGUUUAUUCCCUCCUAAACAAUGAAUGCUUUAAUUUGCAACAGACUACACACAAAAAUCGCUGUAAGUAAGGCAAAAGGUGUCGGGACGACACAAGCACCACAGGAGGAUGAAGUGGUUUUAACGUAAGUGGUAACCUUUUUUUAUUUAUAGACGGACGGGCUUAAAAAACAGUUUUUGAUGUGAAGUUUCAACUAGCAUUGCUUUCAUGUAGUUUUACCCAUACGUCCCUAUAAUAGUGUCUGGCAUUGUUAUUUUUCUUUUACAAUGGGGGGGCGGGGGGAGGGGGGAAUGCUCAUUUUUCUUAAAAAAAAAAGUUUUGGGAACAAAUAUGUGCUUAAAAAAAGACUGAAGAUAAAUGUGUCAUAUCCAUGUACCCUCAACACAUCAUGUUAUUGAUGCCACCCCGGGUGUUCUUGCCUUAAUGGUUAUGAUUUAAUGCACUCCUAUGAAGUCAUUCCUUGGAUGCAAAGGGAUGUAUUAUUAUUUUAAUCACAUAAGGUGCAUGUGUGUUUCCAAAAAGCUGGUCCAUCCACUUUCUAUUAUUAUUUUUUACUGUGCAAAGCUCCGCCCACCGCAGGCAGUGAGUGUGUGUGUGUGUGUGUGUGUGCGCAUCAAACACUUCAAGACCUUCAAGAGCCUUAGUAUGAUAUCUUGCACAAUUUGUAAAAAAAAAAAAAAAAAAAAGUCAAAAGACAAAAAAAGGGGGGACAUUUAAGGCACACUCUUGUUUCUACUUUCCCUACAUUUGCUCUCGCUACUGAUUGUUUUUAAAUUACUUUCUCGCAAUCUCUCGUGGCCAUUUUUUUUUUUUUGGUUUUGUUUUGGAAUAAUUACUCUGUGUUCCUUUUUGUAAAUUAUAGAUGGUGUGUAAGUAUGUGAGUCUUUCAUUACUAUUUGGAGUCCCGAAUGUGAGUACAGUUUCAGUUUAGGAUUGCAUUUUUCGCUGAAAGUUAACUGUGUAAAUCUGUUGCUUUUUUUUUUUUUUUUCCAAAAAUAAAAAAAGAAAGUUUCUCA